AUGUAUACUGCUGGGUUUCUCGUUGUUGCUAGUCUCCUGGCCGCAUCUGCCAAUGCUUAUCCCGAGUUCAACGAGAGGAGAGAUUGCUCUCACAACAACUGUCUCCGUGCUGUCAUCGCCAGCGCGGUCCCUGGGGGCAAUGCGCGAGGCUCGGCUGACUGCUCCUCCUACUUCCGCAAGACCGUCACGCUCUCUGCAGCCACCGCGACCAUUACCCUCACCAGUACCUUGACUGGGGACCCCGUCUACAGCACCGCCACCGAUGUCAGUGUUGUGCCCGUGACUGUAACAACAAGCGUGUGCACGGCGGCAGUAGUCAGCGUCGUCCCUCGCGCGGACGAGCGAGAGGUCACCGCCGAGGAGCUCAAUGCUCCGCCGGUUCACCCCGAGGCUCACCAGGCCCGUGGUGUGCGCGCCUGCCCGGCCAAACCUCCGGCCUCUUCCUCCACCAGCACGUCUUCCACUGCCGCUGCUACUACUACCACCACCACCACCACUAAGGCUACUACCACAGCUACACCCGUGUCAGGAAUUCCCACAUACGCCUCAGCCUGCGGUGGCAUUUCUGCCUACUCGUCCGCGUGCUCCUGCGAUGGAAUUCCCGAGUCUACAGUGACCCUUCCCCAGGUCACCAACACGGUCACCUCGUGGGCCAGCCAGACCGUUAUCCCGACAUCAGCCACGACCGUCAACGUCGUGUCCAGCUCGACUACCACUAUUACCAUCGCCGCGCAGCCGACAAUAAUCGGCCCUAAGUUUUACGUCCAGGAUCUAGCGAAUGGAAGAACUUGGGCUGCGGGGGGCGCCGGCCUCCAGAUCAUUGACUCGACUAAUAGCCAUGCACCCCUCACUAUCAAUGGAUGCGGUAGAGUGGCAUCGGCCGUUCUCACAAGCAACUACCUCGUUUCCGCUGAAACCGGCAGCGGUGACGCAAUUUCCUUCGUCUCGAAUCCGUCCAGGGGUUUCAUUCACUGCACAGUCCAGAACCCGUCCGUCCCCUCUGGUUCUUUUACUUGCCAGAGCGAGAAUGGUGUCGAUACCGUCCUCAAUUGGUGCCCCGGCGGGAACGACGUUAUUCAACUCAGCUCGGCUCCCAUGGCCGGCUGCCUGCAGCCCGCUUUCACUGUUAUCCAUACCUGA